UUAAUUAAUCAAUCUGGGAUACAACGGCUACAAUUGUCACCUUUUAGAAAUAGUUUUCCUACCCCUUUCUUCUCGCGCAUGGAUAACUGUUGUGCUCAGGCUGUGGUGAAUGAGAUUGAAGAAGAGUUCUUGUUUUGUAUCUCAGUUUCUCUCUUUUUGCACAAAUUGAAUUUAAACAAAUACUACGGAGAUCUCAGACUAAUCAAUGGAGGAUAUUUGAAUAUUCACAUCAAUUGUAUCGGUAGAGAGUAUUGGGUUGUUUGUAAAUAUUUCAUUAAUAUCUGUGGAGAGGACUGCUGCUGUUCAUGUGAGUGAAGGGCUGUCUCCAUGCUGUAGAAUGGCCAUUGGAAUUUUUAUGAAGCGGCUCUUUUAAUGCUUCAAUUGGAUGGUAUUCAACCUGGAGACGGUGUGAAGGCUGAACGUUCCCCCGGACUGACUGGCACACUGACUGGCUCAAUGAUGGAAUUACAAACAUUACAGGAGGCCUUGAAAGUGGAAAUACAAGUCCAUCAGAAACUGGUCACCCAGAUGAAACAGGACCCACAGAAUGCUGAUCUGAAGAAGCAGCUCCACGAACUUCAGGCUAAGAUCACAGCGCUUAGCGAGAAGCAGAAAAGCGUUGUGGAGCAGCUGAGGAAGGACCUGCUGGUGAAACAGGAGCCAGAGGUGACGGUGCAGGUGCCGGCUGCAGACAAACACGUCCUCCAGAUCCCCUCCUCUGCCACUCUGCUGGCCCUACAACAGACCACACACACCCAGGCCCUGCAGCAGAAGAUGCUGGCAGUCACCCCAGUCAUCACCACUAAGUCUCUACCUCUAGUGCUGAAAGCUGCCACUCCCACCAUGCCUGCCUCUGUCAUGGUGCAGCCCCCCUCCAUGGUCACUGCCAUCAGCCACACCUCCAAGCCCGGUGCCAUCAUCUCUGACAACUCCAACUUCCGAAACAUACCAGUCAACCUCCAGGUGGCCAGCAAGUUGACCAAUCAGGGUUCAGAGUCCGUACGUCUGGUGUCAAAGAAUUCAGUUGUGGUCCGGGCGAAGCCCAACAGCGUGCCCAUUGCCCCAGCGCCCCUUCGGCCCAUGAUAACGGCGCUCCAGCUGCUCCAGCGGGGCCCGGUGAUGCUGACCAACAAGCUGAGCCCCUCCUCGCUGCCCUCCAGCGCCGGGGUCAUCCACCAGGUGCGCAUCAUCAAUGGCCAGCCCUGCGCUGCCAAAAGCGGCCAGCCCACAGGCAUGUUGACGGGCAUUGUCAUCACGGCCCCGGCAUCGGUGCAGACACUGCAAAUCAGCGGCCUAACCUCCGACACCAAGACUGUUAAAGCACGGGGGGGAUUGGGGCAGAAGAUGUUGGUGAGCAGGACCCCUCCUCUGUCUCCAGCACCGAGACUUAAGAGAGAGGACAAUCCUCAGAAACUUGCCUUCAUGGUGUCCCUCGGACUUGUUACCCAUGACCGUUUGGAAGAAAUUCAGAGGAGGAGGCAGGAGCGUAAGCGAAGAACAACGGCCAAUCCGGUGUACAGUGGAGCUGUGUUUGAGCCUGAGAGGAAGAAGAAUGCAGUGACCUACCUAAACACUCCGCUCCACCAGGGCACCAGGAAAAGAGGUCACCCUCCCAAAUACAGCAGCGAUCCGAAGCUGGGCAGCCACACCCCGACCUCCCCCUCCAGCUGUCUCACUGUCUCCCCGGCACCCGAGUGGCCCAACACAGGGGGGAUCUUCCCCUUCCAUGUCCAUCCCCACCACACUCUCCCCCUGCCCAGCCCCAGCUCUGGGGAUGGAGACAUCCAUGAGGAUUUCUGCACUGUGUGCAGACGCAGUGGCCAGUUGCUCAUGUGUGACACAUGCUCACGUGUCUAUCACCUGGACUGCCUGGACCCACCCCUGAAAACCAUUCCUAAAGGCAUGUGGAUCUGUCCCAAAUGUCAAGAGCAGAUUUUGAAAACAGAAGAUUCAAUUCAAUGGCCAGGAACAUUGGCUAUUGUUCAUUCCUAUAUCGCCUAUAAAGAAGCUAAAGAAGAGGAGAAACAAAAACUAAUGAAGUGGAGUGCUGAACUGAAACUGGAGCGAGAACAGUUGGAACAAGGGGUCAACCAACUCAGUAACUCCAUAACGGAAUGCAUGGAGACCAAAAACACCAUCAUGUCUCGACAGAACGAAAUGCAAGUUUCGUUGGAGAAGGUCAAAGACUUGGUCCGCCUCAUUCAGGCUUUCCAUUUCAGUCAAACCGUGGAGACCGAGGGUACAGGUGCCUUCACAGAAGACAUCACAGAAGACAUCAGGGCCAAGGAUGCAAUUGUCCCUGCUGAAAAUGCAGUAGACACCAUCAACACCCAUGCUGUAGCAGAAGUCCAUAUCCAGUCUGUGGAUGGGGUAAAGGCCGAGGUCACAGCACUGAACAGCACCAAUGUUGAAGCCGGGACGAGGGUUGUUGUAGCUCAUGUUGCCACAGACAAGGUAGCAGGAGUCAGUGCUGAGGCUGCUGUUGACAUCUGCGUUGAGCCUGCUGCCGAGGUCUACACUGAGACUGCAGUGGGCAUCAGUGUUGAACCUGUGGCUGAGUUUAAUAACGCUGAGGAAGUGACGGAAGCCACUGCAGUAGUCGGUGCAGUGAACUUUACAGUGGCCACAAACAAUGCUACCACAGACCUUGUGUGUACUGACAUGAGCAUGGAUGAGAGCUGUACUAACAACACUAACACCAUAACUGAGAAUAAGGUCAAUACCACGAGCAGCACAGAGGAGGUGAUAGAAGAGGAACAGGAAGAGAACACAAACAUUGACAACAGCAGCACCAACAACAGCAAAACCUCAGAACCUUCCCAGCAAUCUUUGCAAGCUCUUCUCGACAGUUUGGACAAUAAAGACUAACACUCCAUCUCUUGGAUUGAAAACCCCCAACAUAAAAAAAGAAGACUUUAGCUUUCACUUUUGAAAGGUAACUGAAAUUGCCAAUCUAUAUACAUACUUGAUUCCAAUGUAUAUUCAGACUGUGUAAAUAGUAGAUCUACAGCCCAAGUCUGAGAUUGCUAUUGGAUGCUGUAGGUUAUUAUACCACAAACAUGGGUGAAAGGGUGGCUUGUGUACCAGUGUCAUGCCAAUUUAAGGUUAGAAAAGAACAGUAGUAAUGAUAAAAGUAAGAUCAUUUAUAACAUCACACCAGUGUGUGCCUGCAACAGUUCCCCUCAGAACUCUCAUAGGGGUUGUAUCUUAGGUUAACUUCUGUUCCUGGGGAUGCAGGUUAGAGAUGUCUAAAGACUGCGUGCUGAACAGAGACCAUGUUUCUACGGCAUUAACUGAGAACAAAAUAAAACCAAAAGAUAAGCGAAACAGCUGAGGGACAGGGCUUUGAAAAAGUGUCAGUAUUUGUUAACAGUGGGGAAACAUUGAGGUGUUUGAUCGUCAUUGAAAAUCAAAUAGGUAAAACAGGAGAGCCUUCAGUUAUCCCAAUACCUUCCUCCCCUUUCCCCAUUCUCACUCACAUUACCGAUAACUAUGGACCCAUUUACACAAAACCUCAGGCAAAAAAAGAAGAAAGUAAAGCAGCAUCCACGUGCUUUGGAAGUAUGAGGCAAACUGCUUAUAGAGCUGGCUGGUUAGGGCCUUGCUGAGGAAGACCCAGGUAACAAAGACGGUCAUCUCAAGAUAGAGUGGAGUCAGAUCACGGUAUCAUGGUAUCUUAAUGUUUUAAAAUGGUGUAGAUCCAGUGCAGUAAUUGAGUAAAAUUUGUGAGUUAGUGUCAACUGUGAGCACUAAAUGUGAAAUUGCAAUAUUAUUGCAUUGUCAAAAACAAACACGCAAAAAUAUAUCUGCAGUGUGUUUCUUUUAUAGGAUAAGAUAUUCAUUCAGGUCUUCCUAGUCUUCAAAAGUAAGUGCAUUUCUGUUGCAUAAAACAGUUGUUUGUUAAUAAACGUUUUUAACUGGCAUAGUUUAUGCAUUUAAUGAUCUUUUAAUAGAGGUGACCUUUGCAUAUUAUGAAAUGUACGUUUUUGUUUAAUUCUGAACUGCCAAAAUGCUGUUGUAUCCAACUAUAGCAGGGACAUGUCCACUAACUGUAUGGAAAGAUAAAGAACGAAAUGUAUUAUUCAAUACCAUCUGGGGAAUUGGCAACCCUUGGUAAAUAAGUGCUUAUUCAACAAUCUCAUCAAAAUAUCUUUAUUUUCUGGAAACUGGAGGGUUUGUUGUUUCAGUCCAUUUUGGUGAUUAAAGCACAAGCUUGCUGCAUAACAAAUAAGUGCUGAAAAGCUUUUUUGUAUGUUACGUAUGGAACAAAACAGAUUAUGCAUUUUGUUUGUUGUCAUGUAAUUUAGUCCCAACAAAAUAUUUUUGUAUGACCCAACUGAUCUUUGAGAGUGAGUCUUAGGCCUUGUCCAGGAGAAAUGUUCCCUCUCUCCUACCGCUGGAACAUGCUUGGAUAAGAGAUUUGACCAACAACCCUAUUCCCAAAAACUCAAUAGAUUUGCGCUUCCUCUGGUAUUUUUUUGUUGUAAUGCUCCAUCAACAUAAAGUCAGCAAAAAAAGAAACGUCCUCUCACUGUCAACUGCGUUUAUUUUCAGCAAACUUAACAUGUGUAAAUAUUUGUAUGAACAUAACAAGAUUCAACAACUGAAACAUAAACUGCACAAGUUCCACCUACAUAAUGUGUCCCUGAACAAAGGGGGGGUCAAAAUCAAAAGUAACAGUCAGUACCAGCUGCAUUCAGUACUACAGUGCAUCUCCUCCUCAUGGACUGCACCAGAUUUGCCAGUUCUUGCUGUGAGAUGUUACCCCACCAAGGCACCUGCAAGUUCCCAGACAAUUCUGGAGGGAAUGGCCCAGACAUGUUCAAUGGGAUUGAGAUCCGGGCUCUUUGCUGGCCAUGGCAGAACACUGACAUUCCUGUCUUGCAGGAAAUCACGUACAGAACGAGCAGUAUGGCUGGUGGCAUUGUCAUGCUGGAGGGUCAUGUCAGGAUGAGCCUGCAGGAAGGGUACCACAUGAAGGAGGAGGUUGUCUUCCCUGUAAUGCGUUGAGAUUGCCUGCAAUGACAACAAGCUCAGUCUGAUGAUGCUGUGACACACCGCCCCAGAUCAUGGCGGACCCUCCAAAUGUAGGCGUCUCACAGUACGACAUUGCAAUUUAUUGCCCUGGCCACAUCUGCAGUCCUCAUGCCUCCUUGCAGCAUGCCUAAGGCACGUUCACGCAGAUGAGCAGGGACCCUGGGCAUCUUUCUUUUGGUGAAGUUAUUUGGAUUUUUACUAAUUGUCUUUGAAAGACAGGGUCCUGAAAAGGGACGUUUGUUUUUUUGCUGAGUUUAUUUGUCUGUUUUAUAAUUUGUUGGGCCAAUACCCAGGUUUUUUCCAUUUUUUUACCAAGUCGAUCAUGAAUUUCACCAGACUGUUCAUAAACCUUUGGGGUUGGGACCAUUCAGAAGAUCUAUGAAGGAUCUUUUUUGAGCGAGCCUCAGGUCUUCUCAAUUGAAAUAAAAAUAAAUAAAUAAAUGUUUAUGCUAUACUGUUGCAUUAUAUAAAGUGCAAAGAGGGCAACAUGGAGUUAGGUCUUAAAUGAUUUACACCCUUGAUAAAGAUUAGCAAAAAUGACUGUAAAAUAAAUCAUUAAAAUACUUAGCUAUAUUGUACACUCAACAAAAUGGGGAAAGUAUAUUAUUUUAUACAAUUGCUAAUACAAUUGCUCAGAAAGAUUUUGUUUUAGCAAGUAAUCUUUUUUUCUCAAAGGUGGGGGUCAAAAUUAUUGACACCCCUAUUGUCAAUAGCAUUUUAAUACCUUGUGAGGAUAAUGGCACUGAGCCUUUUUAUAAAAUGUUUUAUGAGUUGGAGAACACACUUGGAGGGAUCUAAAACCAUUCGUCCAUUCAGAGUCCUUCCAAAUCCUCCUGGCAGAGGAAACCAGGUUUUGGCUCAAAUGUCCUGAUACUGGGUAAAGUUCAUGAUGCCGUUGACCUUAACAAGCGCCCCAGGACCUGUGGAAGCAAAAUAGCUGCAUAACAUAAAAUAUUCCCUACCAUAUUUUAUAAUAGUCUUUUCUGCUCAUGCAUUCUAAUUUCAACACCAAACCCACCACUGUGUGCGGCCAAAGAGCUAUAUUUUCAUGUCUUUACCCAGUACAAGGACAUUUUAGCCAAAACCUGGUUGCCUCUGCCAGGAGGUUGAAACUUGGCCGCAAGUGGAUCUUUCAGCAAGACAAUAACCCCAAGCACACUCCUGAAUCUAUUGACCACAAAAUCAACAUUUUGAAAUGGCCAUCUCAGUUUCCGGACUUGAAUCCCAUUGAAAACCUGUAUAUGAAUUGAAGAGAGCAGUCCAUAAGCGCAGUCAAAGGAUAUCAAGGAUCUGGAAGGAUACUGUAUGGGAGAAUGGUCUAAUAUCCCUCCCAAUGUGUUCUCCAACUAAUAAAACAUUGUAGAAAAAAGGCUCUGUGCCGUUAUCCUAACAAGAUGAGGUAUUGAAAACAGGGGUGUCAAUCAUUUUGAUCGCUACCUUUGAGGGAAAAAAAUAUUACUUGUUAAACAAAAUCUCUGUCACUGAGCAAUUUGUAUUCGUAUGAAAUAAUGUAAUUUCCUUAUUUUUUUGAGCAUACAAUAUAGCUCAGUAUUUGAAUUAUUUAUUUUAUACAGUCAUUUUUGCUCAUCUUUAUCAAGGGUGUCAAUAAUUUCAGACCCCACUGUUCAUCAUGUUUACUUCAAUCCAUGGCCAAUUGACAUAUCUUUGGAGAAUGUUUGCUGUUUAAAUAACAGGGACUUGAAAUAAUUUAACAAAUAUAUGACGUUCAAGGGACGACGUCUUCUUAACAUUGCUAUUUUUUUUUGUAGUUAGCUAUAUAAUAAAUAGCAUCUAUAUUUUCUCCUCUCUAAGUUGUUAUAGAGAUUCAUUUUUUCUAUUUCUUUUAACCCAUCUUAAUGUCCAAGGAAAAGGGAUAGUUUGACAAAGAUAUGCAAUCAACUGCAAUGGCUGUACUGUCUUGUACUUCCUCAUAGAUUGAAUGAAAGGGGUUCUUUUGCCUUGUGAGUCUUACACGGUACUCGUAAGGACAUAUCUACAUCAAGACCGUACAAAAUUGAUUUCCUGGGUGUCACAUGUUUUUCAUACUGUGUCCCUUGAAUACAACAAAAUAUUCAGACAUUGUCUGUAAAGUCUGAACGUAUGUUACAGAGCAACUUGAUCUUUCCCCUUUUUAGGUACCUCGAGUGCCUUUCUUCCAACAGCAUAUUUUGUCUCUUGACUUGCACUGUGACUUGUAUUAUUACCUUACUACACAAACACACUGGUCUAUUUCUUGUCCUAUGUUAUUCCCAUGUGAUUUUAUAUCCACCCACAAAACUCAAGAAUCUUCAGCAAAUAUAUAUAUAUCUGAAAUAUAGAGCACAAUUGAAUCAGCAUAUGGAAAAUAACUUUGGGCUUUAAGUUAAGUACGUGGAGUUGACUUUGUUUCAGGCUAUUGGAUAUGUUUGUUUUUUCUACAAGUAGUCUGUAUAGCAGCUGCCUUAAAUGUAUUUUUUGUCCUUAAAAGGUGAAUUCAAUUUAUUUUGAAUGAUCUGUAUUGGGGAACACCUGUAAAAUGACAAAUCUCUGUGGUUUCUUCAUAGAUGUACACCACUCAGUAGUUUGUUCAAAUGUCACAGGAACUGGUACGAUAUUUGUGAAGGAUUAUUCAAAAACUCUUAAACAGGUGUGACUUUUAGAAUGUUUUUUUUGUGAUGCACUUUUGGUUGAAUUCCCAGACUAAAAUAUGUGAUGUGUGUAUAUAAUAUGAAAUAGAAAUCUGGAUUAUAUCCUUUUACCCUGAAUUUACCUCUCUAUGGUUGAGAUUCUACAUAGGCAUGUUGUGGUAGUCUAGUCUCCUCAGCAUUAAAACUCAGUCAGGACAGCGCCAGUGAUCAUUAUUUGUCCCCUACUUGUGCACCUUUUUUAUUUUCUCACCCUUUCUUUUGUCUCUGUCUUGCCGUAAGCUUGAUAAUAUCAGGUCAUAUGAAUUGAGCCUUGGCCUGUGUGCGUUUGAACAAAUGAAACAGCACCCUGAUUGGAUAGACUUCUUGAAGGUCUAGGGCAGUCAAAAAUGUGAUUUUCCUGUGUUUUAUAAAUAUUUCCAGUAUGAUGUUGGAAUAAUACUAUGAAAAUGAUAGUGACAUUUUAGUGUAAGAGCUGUUUGAAAAGACAGCCUGAAAUGUCAUCCUGCCUGGUGACAUCACUAGGCGGUAAAGUUAAUAGACAAUAAGGAAGUUUCAAACCUCUGCCAAUAAUAGCUAGUUUUCCCUGUCCGACUCAGACCACUCCCAGACAGUCCUACCAAAAGUCUUGCAUAAGAAAUUGCUCUUUGCUAAGAAACUAUUUUAUUUAUUGCUGAGCAUUUUAAUUGAAAACAAUCACAGUAAGGUACUUAAUUGUUACCUUGAAAUGAUUUGAUAUUGAGACAACUGCUGCAUUGGACUUUUUUAAGGGCAAAUCAGCAGUUGAAACAAUAACAAAGCGUUUUCCAGCCACUGUUUUGGUAAAAAGCCGAGGGAUGGAGCUGGAAAAAGUAACCACUCUAAAAUGAAUAGACAGAGCUAUGGAUGCCAGGACUGACCAUCCAUGAUAUCAAAAUUGUAGUUUUAAUGUUUUGAGGCUUUACAGUGUUUAUUUUACUUUGUUUACAAACAUUGGAGUAAAACAAGUUUAUUUUGGGUUCUGAUGAGGAACGACAGUUGAACUAAGCUCAUGAGGCAUUUACUUUCUAAGUUAUAUCCUUCAAGAAUCAACGGGUACAUAUCAUUAAUUUAUAAGUUAAAAAAUGGAUGUAGCAACUUCUGAUUGCCCAUUUAAACCCCCUUAGCAGCAGCUUUCCAAUCAUUCCAACAGAAAUUAUGCCAUCUUAUGCAAGUUUUUUUAUACAAAUGUUUGUCAAACUUUUUUAAUACACAUUACCUUCGGUUUUUAUGUGAAAUUAGUCACUUUUCUUUUUCCAUUCUGGCAACAUGAUUCCAUAACUAUAGUAUACAGUGGAUGGAUGUCUCAGUAUAGGAAAAUUGAAGCUUUUCUUACAAAUAAACACAAUUUUGUAUGGCAUCUCUGGCAAAAAUGUUAUUGCUUAAAUAUAAGGCCCAUGGCCAAUAUACCACGUCUAAGGACCAUUCUUAUUCAUGACACAAUGCAGAGUGCCUGGAUAUACAGCCCUUAGCCGUGGUAUAUUGGCCAUAUACCAUAAACCCCUGAGGUAACUUAUUGCUAUAACAGUUGAAGUCGGAAGUUUACAUACACUUAGGUUGGAGUCAUUAAAACUCGUUUUUCAACCACUCCACAAAUUUCUUGUUAACAAAAUAUAGUUUUGGCAAGUCGGUUAGGACAUCUACUUUGUCAUUUUUCCAACAAUUGUUUACAGACAGAUUAUUUCACGUAUCAUUCACUGUAUCACAAUUCCAGUGGGUCAGAAGUUUACAUACACUAAGUUGACUGUGGCUUUAAACAGCUUGGAAAAUUCUAGAAAAUGAUGUCAUGGCUUUAGAAGCUGCUGAUGGAUGUAUUUCAUGGCCUACCUUUCAACUCAGUGCCUCUCUGCUUGACAUUAUGGGAAAAUCAAAAGAAAUCAGCCAAGACCUCAGAAAAAAAUUGUAGACCUCCACAAGUCUGGUUCAUCCUUGGGAGAAUUUCCAAACGCCUGGAGGUACCAUGUUCAUCUGUACAAACAAUAGAAUGCAAGUAUAAACACCAUGGGACCAUGCAGCCAUCACACCGCUCUGGAAGGAGAUGUGUUCUGUCUCCUAGAGUUGAACGUACUUUGGUGUACGAAAAGUGCAAAUCAAUCCCAGAACAACAGCAAAGGACCUUGUGAACAUGCUGGGGGAAACGGGUACAAAAGUAUCUAUAUCCACAGUAAAAUGAGUCCUGUAUCGACAUAACCUGAAAGGCCGCUCAGCAAGGAAGAAGCCACUGCUCCAAAACCGCCAUGAAAAAGCCAGACUACAGUUUGCAACUGCACAUGGGCACAAAGAUUGUACUUUUUUGAGAAAUGUCCUCUGGUCUGAUGAAACAAAAAUAGAACUGUUUGGCCAUAAUGACCAUCAUUAUGUUUGGAGGGAAAAGGGGGUGGCUUACAAGCCGAAGAACACCAUUCCAACCGUGAAGCACUGGGGUGGCAGCACCAUGUUGUGGGGGUGUUUUUGUUGCAGGAGGGACUGGUGGACUUCACAAAAUAGAUGGAAUCAUGAGGGAGGAAAAUGAUGUGGAUAUAUUGAAGCAACAUCUUAAGACAUUCGUCAGGAAGUUAAAGCUUGGUCACAAAUGGGUCUUCCAAAUGGACAAUGACCCCAAGCAUACUUCCAAAGUUGUGGUAAAAUGGCUUAAGGACAACAAAGUCAAGGUAGUGGAGUGGCCAUCACAAAGCACUGACCUUAAUCCAUAGAAGUUAUGUGGGCAGAACUGAAAAAGUGUGUGUGAGCAAGGUGGCCUACAAACCUGACUCAGUUACACCAGCUCUGUCAGGAGGAAUGAGGCAAAAUUCACCCAAUUUAUUGUGGGAAGCUUGUGGAAGGCUACCCAAAACAUUUGACCCAAGCUAAACAAUUUAAAGGCAAUGCUACCAAAAACUAAUUGAGUGUAAUGUACACUUCUGACCCACUGGGAAUGUGAUAAAAGUUGAAAUAAAUCAUUCAUCAGAGAUUCUACAGAUUGGUGUCUUUUUAAAUGGCCCAAUGUAUACAUAAAGGAGAAGUCUCAUCAGUUUUCUCAGACCAGCUAAGAUUAGUCACUCCACUUAAUUCUCAUCCCAUAAAAUAAUUGGCAACUUUGAAUUGGAUCAAAUGAAGAAAGUGUAGAACACUCUUGUAAUCCUAUUGUUUGUCACUGUGAGAACCUUGCAGAAAGAAGGGAGCAUUCUAGAAUGGUAGCCUCUCUUCUCUUUACUGAUCAGUGUGCACCUUGUCAGGUUGUGUGUUUCGUUAGCUUCUACUGUAAGGAUAUUGAGAUCUUGGAUUUGCAAUUAUGGUUGAAUAUCCUCUGUGAGGCGUCUCACAAUGGAGUCUGAUGAAUGACAUGAAUUGUGAAACUGAGUUGAAAUGUAUUUGGCUAAGGUGUAUGUAAACUUCCUACUUCAACUGUAUAAACUGGUAACCAACGUAAUUAGAACAGUAAAAAAUACAUGUUUUGUCAUACCUGUGGUAUACAGUCUGAUAUACUAUGGCUUUCAGACAAUCAGCAUUCAGGGCUCAAACCACCCAGUUCAUAAUUGGAAUGAUCUAAUGGCAGAGGAUUUUAAUGCCGUGAACUAUGAAGUCUCUGUGCAAUUGGACCAUUCUUUUGAUUCAAUUUCUGCCUUCACUAAUGCACCAUGCCUAAUGUUAUUGUUACUUUGGGACAGUGAGUGCAAAAUUCAGUACACUGUCCUGUAAAAAAAUAUAUAUAAAUAUAAAUAAUAAUUAACACAUUAAUUUAAAGUACUAAGCUCUAAAACCAAUAUACCAAAAGCAAAUGUGCAUUUAUAUUUGGAAGCCCUUAUGCAUUUAAUAAAUAUCAGCCUCAAAAACGGUUAAUAUCUGCUUCAGUACAAUGUAUAAGUUCACAGGUGUGAAAGAAAAAGCAGUUGGCAGCUGAGACUCACUCAGAUGUAUGUUAUAUUUUAUGCAUAACAAUGGCAUUUCCAGUUAAUUCUAGAGUGAAUCUAGAGUAGCUCACUUAUACAUUCUCACCAGUGCAUUAUAUAUUCUGUCAAUGGUAUACCAAGUCAUGAUUGUGGCCUUCUAGUAUUGUUGAUGCAUUUCAUCAUCCAUAAUACUUAUAAUUCAUAUGUUGUGACUUCCCUAUUGUUGUAACACCUUGAGAGUCUUACCUCAUCCACUGUAAAUUCAAUUGGAGGAGUUUCUUCUUUAAGAGUGCGAAAAAGUAUAAUAAAAAAAACUACAUUUGGUGAAAGAUGAUGCAUUGUUGCGAUACGAAUAAAAGGUUCACCUGGUGUGCUGAAUUGUGUAAAUUGUUAAUUACACAAAACAAAAUAUUUGUAAAAUAAAAUUUAAUUUUUUUUUGACAUCUCUUCUGUUACAGAUCUCUCAUUUGUUUGUUCACCUGACAUUGUGAGUGAUCCGGUGUGUUUCUUACCUCUGCUGUAUUGAGCCUCUUCUGUGAUUAGUUAUUUGUAUGCAUUGUUUAGAAAAUACUAUUAAGGAAUAUGGGAAGAAGUUGAUAUUAGGAAAAUUUGAUCAAUUUGUAUUUAUUUAUUUUAUCAUUUUGUUAAUAAAUUGUCAAAAGCAACCUGCCUUGUCA